AUGGACAACUCAAUCACAACUUCUACAUCAACCACUUCAGGAACAACAGGAACCGCGAAUCGUGCCCCUCCUCCACCCAUCCCCCCCUCCCGUCGCUCCACCGUCAUCCUCCCUUCCUCCACCAUCUCUUCCUCCGCCUCCUCUGCCUCUGCCUCCCCCAACCCUAACAUUCCUCCUACAAACAACAACAAAACCGCCCUUGCGCCCUCCCCACCACCCAAACCAUCGUCGCUGCAGUCGCCCCUGCCCCCGCGCAAGCCCAUAUCUCUCGCUGCAGCGGCCAUCGCCACCAUCGCAUCCAACUCCUUCUCUUCCCCUGCUCCCAUCCCCGCCCCUCGCCCCUCCGCUCACUCCCCCGCGACUCACCCUCACCAGGCUACCAGCCCAUCCUCCUCUGCCCUCUCGACGUCACCGUCUUUCUCCUCCUCCACCUCCCCUUCCUUCGUCCAACACCAUCAGCAACAGCAACAGCAGCAGCAUCCUAUCCGUUACCAGCACAGCGGCAACACCACGAACAACAACAGCACUUUGCACCAUCAAAACGGCUUUACUACCUCCGACCCUGGCUCCUCAGCCAGCUCGCCAACCUCUACCAACAUCGCCUCCUUCCCCCCGCCUGCAACCUUUUCUUCCUCCACGACGUUGUCUCCUUCGACCCCAGCAAACGCCCAUCUGCACCCACAUCUCCGGAGCCAGACCAUUCCAAGCUCACCUGCCCACUUGAGACCUUCCGGCUCCACCUCGUUCCUGCCUGCAGCAGCGUCAUCGUCCAUCGCCGCCAAGCAGCACCUCCUCUUCAACACCGCCAAAAGCCCUCCUCAGCACGACGACGAUCAUCACAGCCUCAACCAGCCACACAGCAACAACCGCAAUGACAAUGUCGAACAAGAAGACAACCCCUUCAGCGACCCUUCUAACGUUGACUCCAUUCCACCAACACAUUCAGCCUUGGCUCCAACUGUGCCUUCGCCUGUGCCAGCAACGUCGCCUUCAUUCGUUCCCAGAGCCCACAACCAGUCGUCCUUGUUGACAGCGCGACUUCAGGCAAUCCCACCUGCUCCCUCGCCUCUCCUUCAUUCGCCUGUCCCUCACUACGGUGGUCUUCACUCGACUAGCCCACGCUCGAACGCGGUCAGUUCGCCUCCUCCUAUCCAUCCAUCCUCAGUCCCGUCUCUUCCUCCAAGGUCACGCUCUCCACUCUCUGGUGUAGUCUCGUCACCCCAGCAGCCUACUCAACCUCAACACCAUACGGCUCCUCCCACACCAGCGCGCCAGAACAUCUUUUCAACCUCUCAUCGACUCUCGGGUGUUCCUCCUGUCCCGCCUUCCUUCCCUGCAGCCCAGAAUCUUGCCAUGGCCUCUCCUUCUCAGCCUGUUCCUCCGCCGCCAAGGCGCACAAGUGUCCAAUUAGCCCCUCCUCCGAUUCCUCAGCAGCAACAGCACCACCACCCGCAAGCACAACAGCCCAAAGGACCCUCGCCUCUCUUUCCCUCUUCGGGUGAGAGCGGCAUGUCAGCCAAUGCGUCUCGAUUCCGUAACAUGACGGCCCCUCAACAGGCGUACGACCACCUUGCGCCUCAAACGCCAAAACGUGUCUUUUCCUCGUCUUCGUCCCCGUCUCCUUUUGGCGCCACGAGUCCUGUACCUGAACGUGGAUUCGCCCAGCAGCAGCAACCAGAGUUGAGCGACUCUCAGUCAGACUCGGACGAGACAAGCGAUGACUCGGAUAAGGACUAUGACGACGUUGAAGAAUAUCAAUCUGCUGCAACGCCAUCCAAUCCCUUCAGAAGCUUUGUGGAUGCUUCGCCACGGCCGACCCGUGCUAGGACCUUCAAGGAACCACCUACCCCGCCCUCACUCCCUGCGCGUCCAAACGCCAAAGGAUAUCCUGGUCGGCCGUCAGGCGCAUUAUCUGACCAGGAAGUCGCUCCAGCUCUUCCUCCCAAACCUUCCAUGCGCAAAAGACCCCAGCCCCCUCAGGACCCAGGAUCGCUCUUAUCUCUGGCCGAGUCUGAAUCAGAAACAGGAAGGAACAAUGCCCUUGCACCACACCACCAGUCAACCCAGCAAGCAGCCUCUGGAGCGUCACCAACCGAUGGCGUAUUCCCAGACUAUUCUCGAUCAAACCGACGUCUUCCGCUGUUCUCGGAUUCGGUUGAUAUUCACGACAUUGGACAAAAAUCACAUGGCGUCCGGGCUUUCAGUAUUUCGCAUGAACAGGUCGCAACGGCAACAUCCAACAUUCGGGUCUACUCCCUCUUGACAGGAGAGAACGUUUCUUCUUAUGGUCACGAGAAGGACAACAAACCCACGGCGCUUAUGUUCACACAGAGUCGACGACCGGAUUCGCUUGGCCAGUACCUCUGGGCAGGAUGGAACGACGGAUCUCUACAGGUCAUCGACACCCGGACAAAGGAGGUCAUGGAAAAGAAGCGUGCGACACACAAAGGCGGCUGCGUCACCCAUAUCAUCCGUUCUAAAGGUCAGGUCUGGACAGUCGACGAUACAGGAUCGGUCUUUGUCUGGCCUGAGGAUGGGACUUUUGGCAGACCCACCAUCCAAUCGCCCCUUCAAUCGCUUACCAUCCCACCCAAGCAGAUCUGUGCCAUUGCUGUCCAGGAUACGUUGUGGUCGUCGGACGGCUCCAAGGUUCAUGUGGUUCGCGUUGGACAUGAUGCAGGACGACCUAAGCUUGCACCUACAUCCAUGGAUAUACCCUACGGCGCUGGUCCAUUGACUUGUCUGGCUACCAUUGCAGGAAGCGGUCAAGUUUUCUCGGGACACGAGGACGGCAAGGUCAUUCUCUGGUCGAUCGAGACUCGUGAAAAGGUCAGGAUUAUCAAUGUGCACGCUUACAGGAUCAUGUCGCUACUUGGCGUUGGCUCGUAUCUCUGGGCUGGCUUCGCCACAGGAAAGAUCUAUGUCCUCGAUCUCCGUCCUGAGGUGCCCGUUGUGAUGAAGGACUGGCAGGCGCACAAGGAGUCAGGAGUCUCUUGUCUGCAACUGGACGAAGAGGGUCUCAUUCUUGGUGGUCGACACCAAGUUGGAAGUUGCGCAGAGAAUGGCGAGAUCAAAAUCUGGGACGGACUCAUGGCCAAAGACCGCCUGACCAAAGGAAUGGUGGAUAGAAGCAAGGAGUAUUGUCACUGGAGAGAUCUCAAGAUUUUGAUUUGCUCAUGGAACAUCGACGCCUCGAAACCGACAGCGCAGGACGCUAAUGGUGGCGCCGAUAGGAAAUUGUUCGAGUCAUGGCUCACUGGCAUGGAUCAAGAAGGGCCGCCAGACAUUAUCAGCGUUGGAUUCCAGGAGAUUGUCGACCUCGAGAGCAAAAAGAUGACUGCCAAAUCAUUGUUGAAAGGAUCGAAACGAGCAGAGACGGAAACGAUCUCCAAGCAAUACAAACGCUGGCAGAUCUAUUUGACCACCAAGAUUCGGGAACUCUAUGCACCUAUGGGCGUCAAUUUCAAGCUACUGGAGUGCUCUAACCUUGUUGGUCUUUUCAGCUGCGUCUUUGUACGCGAUAAAGAGUGGGAGAACAUCCGCAGCGAAUGGACUCAUGUCGACAUGGUCAAGACUGGUCUGAAAGGAUACCACGGAAACAAGGGUGGAAUUGCGACGAGAUUUAUCGUCGACGACACAUCCAUUUCGUUUGUCAAUUGCCAUUUGGCAGCAGGACAAUCGCAUACCCGACAGCGUAAUACGGACGCAGCCAACGUCCUGAAGAAGCUCUGUCAUCCUAACCCCGCCAUUUCGUCAGGAACAGUUCACCCAGAGGUCUUUUGGUUCGGAGACGGUACUAUGGCCAUGGAUCACGAGAUCUGUUUCCUCUCGGGCGAUCUCAACUACCGUAUCGACGUCAAGUUCAGCGAGGCGGUCUCCCGAGUUCAGGCGCAGGAAUGGUCGCACUUGCACACCCAUGACCAGCUGCUGCAACAGAAGCAAAAGAACCCUCAGUUCGUGCUUCGCGCCUUCAACGAGAGCGAAUUGCGGUUUGCGCCUACUUACAAGUAUGACCCUGGCACAGACACGUACGAUACCUCGUCCAAGCACCGAACCCCCGCCUGGUGCGAUCGAAUCCUGUGGAGAGGCCGCCAUGUGAGGCAGCUCUUUUACAAGCGCAACGAGUGCCGUGUUUCGGACCACCGACCGAUCAGUGGAGGAUUCGUGGUAGGAGUGAAACGGAUCGACGAAGCACAGCGACGAGUUGUUGAGCAGCAGGUGAAGGAGGGAUGGUACAAGGUUCAGGAGAAGGAGAUCCGCAUCAAGAAGCUGGCUUGGCUGAGGUCGUGGGGAUGGAAUGACCCCCGAGUGGAGAGUGUUCUUGACCGGGAAGGUGGCGAUCUUGCCCAGGUUGUGAGGAUCCUGUCCUCAGACAAGUAA